AUGGAAUCUCUCAGUCCAGAAGUCCUCCUAUUAAUCAUACCCCAUCUCUGCCAGGAGCCCCCCAUUCUUAGACUGAAGCCAUGGGAUCCACGAUGGGGACAAAUGCCUAUUUUAAACAUCGCCUCAUACGCGGUCAUCUCCCGUUCAUGGCAAUACGCAGUCGAGCGCUUUACGAUGGCAGAUAUCCACACGCACAGUUCUGAUCUCCUCAGCUUCCGUGAAAUAUUUUCUCGUCCACGAAGGAGGCAAACGCUACGGCGUCUAGAGUAUGAAAUUGAUCUACCGGUCUUCAGUGCAAAUCGAGUCAGUCGUUCGGAGAGACAUAAGGAAAGAGAUAAAGCCUUCAAGAAGGGCCUCAUAGACCUCUUUGACGGGUUGGCAACAUGGGACAAGCAAGGUGUCUACCUAGCAAUCACGACUUCCUCGUCCGUGGACCUUGGUCAUCGACCACUAGACUUAGACAUGGGACUAUGGCCUAGGUACCGGACUCUGAGGGACAUCUACCUUUCUUCAGACAAUGCAGAGCUACCAGAACUGUCAUGCAUUGGGUCCUUGUACAUCCCUGACGUAGAACGGUAUCUGUAUCCCUCAGUGAUCGCUUGGAUUAUCUCUUCAUUACCUGGGUUGGAAAGCCUGAGACUGAAGCUGAACGCCCCCGCUCCGAGAAAGAAGGAGUUACAGGAGUAUCGACUAGCCCUCGCCAAAGCGCUGGACUCACCGUCUUUAAGCAACCUCAAGGAACUAUAUAUCUCCUUCGAAGAGAGCAUCCCCCUCAACCACAGCUAUGAAACCCAAGCCGAAGACCCAGUCUACCCAGAUGGAGAUGUGCUAAACCUCUCCCUCAGACGGCUAGCAGAAACAGCCCCCCUGGAAAGUCUCGUACUCACAGGAUGGUGGCCAAUUUCCCCUGCACUUUUCAAUGGAACGGCACCAUUCCCCUAUUUACAGGAUCUUCAUAUCGAUGCAGCGAUGCUAACCUACGAUGGUCGAUGGUAUUACACGGGCAAUCCUGAUUCUGUGGAUCCUCACUUUCAAUUCGACACUGACGAGGACGAAGGCUCUGAUUCAGACCCGUCCAUCAUUUCGGAAGAUACCGAAGCGGCCAAUGGGCAAGGAGAAGCCGUGCUUAAUGACGAUGAACCUCAGCACCUGUGGAGAACGGAGCCGGAUCCUCAGAUGUUUGAUGCACUGAUGAAGUCUAUGGCUGAGGCUAUGAACAGGAUGCCUAGAUUGUUGGGUUUGGAGUUUCGGAUGGGGGUGUAUCCUACGGGCGAUCAUGCAAUUUCUUUCGAGUAUUCUGCGACAGGCCAUGUGCCGUGUGGAGAUAGAUGUCGUGAUACACUGUCGCAAUGGGCAGCGAAGUGGGAGAUACCCGAUGAGAUUUUGAAGCUGUGGAGAGAGCGUUUGGGUUGGGAAGGAGUUAUUCUCUUGCAGGGUUGGUUGGCCGCCAGGCAAUGGAGUAGAUUAUAUCUGCACAAUGAUUCCUAA